AAUAUUCGGACUAAACACGAUAAUAUUCGGAUAAGUGGUGCGUUUUCAAAUAAAAUAGCACAUGUGAUAUUCCCUGUCAGUUUUUAUGAAUGUAUAAUUUAUACAUUACUUUACUUGUUAAAAAUUCUGGAACGACUUUCGGUUAAUAUUGGCAACAUGUUUGGCCAAUGGGUUUAGGUGUGAAUUGUGUAAUCACAGUUGCUUUGUACAAUCAACGAUUAUGAUGACGUCUGCUGUAUAUUCAAUUUUGUAGUUUUGAUCACCUGAUGUGAGCGAUGUGUGGUGUGUGAUGAAGAUUGUGCUUUUUCAUUUUAGACUAUUUUUACUAUGCCGCAGCGAGAAAUAAUCUAAGUUGUAUACGUUUAAAACACGAUAAGAGUUGCAUGUACUUCAUGGUGGAGGAAGGUUAGCGUAUGAGAGGAAAGUAGUAGAGUAAUGCUGAGUAAUGGGCACCAAGAAGAACCCAUCUCAAAGCAAAACUAAAGUCUCUAACAGUAACUUCAGAAAGGGCCAAGGAUAUUUGUCACGUGCUCACAAUGAGGCUGGUUCCUCAUCUGAUGACAGAACUGAUCGCACGGAAUUUCAUCACUUGACUAAAGAACAGCUUAAAGCAGAAUUGAAGAAACGUGGCUUAAAAGUGCAUGGGAGUAAAGCGGACUUGUUGCAGAGACUGAAUAACACUAUGCCUACAACACUUAAAAGGAAACCCGAAGGAUCAACCAGGCAUUCAAAUGGUGACAGUACCUCCCUUAGAGAGGUUUUUACGAGUAAAGAAGAGGAAGUACUAGAUAGAAAAAAAUUAGUACUUUGGCGGCAGCCUUUUAGGACAUCAAAGUAUUUUCUUCAGGAAUUGAUAGUUGAUCUCCAGUAUUACGGUUCAAAGUUGCUGUAUCAUCGGACAACUGUUGCUGCAUGUAUUGUGCUUCUAGUUUUCUUCUUCAUGUUUUUCAAUACAGCUGGUCCCCAUCAGCAGUAUGUACAGGUGCUGCGGUCAAAGAUGGUAUGGUGCCUAUACUGGGUGGGGCUGGGAGUCUUGUCUUCUGUAGGCCUUGGCACAGGCCUGCAUACAUUCCUGCUCUACCUCGGCCCGCACAUUGCGUCUGUUACCCUUGCAGCCUAUGAAUGUGGCAGCUUGAACUUCCCAGAGCCACCUUAUCCUGAUGAAAUCAUAUGCAGUGAUCACCCAGACCAACAGUGGAAGGCCAGCAUCUUGAAUAUCAUGGCAAAGGUGCGAUUGGAGGCAAUGAUGUGGGGUGCGGGCACAGCCCUAGGUGAGCUGCCUCCGUACUUCAUGGCACGUGCAGCUAGACUUUCUGGCUAUGAUCCUGAUGAUGAGGAUGAUUUAAAUGAAUUUGAAGAAUUGCAGCGCAAGAAGAAUGAUCCACAGCGAAUGACGACUCUUGAUGCUGCAAAGCUGUUCAUUGAAAGGAUGGUUGAGAAGGUUGGAUUUCUUGGGAUCUUAGCAUGUGCAUCAAUACCAAAUCCAUUAUUUGACUUAGCUGGAAUAACCUGUGGGCAUUUCUUAGUUCCUUUUUGGACGUUCUUUGGUGCUACACUGAUUGGGAAGGCUGUGAUAAAAAUGCACAUUCAGAAGAUGUUUGUGAUAAUUGCAUUUAAUGAAACACUGGUGGAGAAAGCAGUAAGCAUGUUAGCAUAUGUUCCUUACAUCGGUCCCAAACUCCAGGAACCCUUUAAAGAAUAUCUUGUAAAGCAGAAACUGAAACUACAUCGAAGAUCAGGAUCUCCUUUGCCAUCAGAAAGUAAUUUGCUGGCAUCCAUAUUUGAAAAAUUUGUUAUUGCAAUGGUUUUGUAUUUUAUCAUUUCAAUAAUAAACUCAUUAGCUCAGAGUUAUCAUAAACGACUGCAUAAAAGAAGAAAACUUGGGAAACAUGCAUCUGAUUGACAGUGGUCACUCAAUAUAGCAAUUUCUUAUUGAUGGGGUAUGGUAUUAUGUGCAGUAUCUCAUUUCACGUAUCUGCUGCCAUACUGAUGGGAGUGGUGUGUGUGUGUGUGUGUGUGUGUGUGUGUGUGUGUGUGUGUGUGUAGCAAAUGAAACUUGACUUCAGCUUCCUCAAUGUGUAUAAUUAGUCAUUGUUAAGAUCCAAGUAGAUUGUUUUAUUUUUCUGAGAAUACAGUUCCUCAUGUUGCACACAGACUCAACAGUUUCUCGACUAAAUCCCAUAUUACGGUGUACUUGCAUAAAUCGGAACACAGGUCCUUUGCAUGAAGAAAGAGAAGAGUAAUAGAGUAUUGGCUUUCAUUUUGAUUUUUAGAUAAAAAGCCAAAUUUAACCUUUGUGUACCUAUUCCAUAGAAUAUUCAUUUACAUUGAAUUUAAAGAAAAUGUACUUCCCUUUAACAUUCCAUUAUAUAAUAAUUUUAAAACACUUUUGCAGUAUUAUUAUACCUUUCUUUCCUUGGUAUACAGUAACUUAUUGUGAAUAAUUUUAGCUGUAAGAUAAGAGCUAUAGAGACAAUAUUUCUUAAUAGGACCAGAAACUGUGUAGAUACAUUGAGGACAAGAAGUGUCAAGCUCCAUUUGUUAUUUAGUAAAGAUGGCCCUCAAAGUGAAAUGAUGGAAUGUUAUUUUGUUUAUAUUACCUAAUUGAAUUGUGGCUGAAUUUUGACUGAUCAUACAAGUUCAAAACAGUCUGUCUUUGUGUGUUUGUAUAUGAAUUCCGUAUUUCGAAUGCCAUCAAAUUUUCUGCCCAGGCUGUACUUGGUAAUAAUUCAUGUUGUUUUUUUUUUAUACAUAUUCCAAUUUGAUUUUUCUCAUUUUAGUUCUGUUUGAUGUUAAAUUUUAGCACAUAAAUUAAGGAACUUCUUACACAAAUUAGAGAUUGCUUGAAAUAAAAGGUUUAUAGACUUUUUUGAAAAACUGAAUGCUGAAUUUUUGGCUGGUGACAUUACCAGAUUGGCUGUAAUACUUGUUUCCUUAAUGUUCUGGUUUUCCUUAAAUGUUGUACUGUAUACUGCCAUACUUGUAACCUUUUGCGCAAUUAUUAUUCCACUUUCAUUGAGCCUGUUUAUUGAAGUUGGUAAUUGCAUUCACUAUAUUCUGCUCAUUUAUGUCAUAGUAAUGGGAGGUUGCAAAUGUUAAGUGACACAAAUUCGUGUAAAUAACACUUGCCUUCUUGUGUAGUCUGCUAUUAACAUUGAUAAACUAGAUAGAAAAAGGUGAUAAUUUGUAUUGAUAUUGUCUUAAAAUCAGUCAGGCCUUCCAGAUAAGAUUUGGAUCGAGAUUUUUUGGAGCUAUUAAACUUAUUUUGGUUUUGUGGUAUAAUGUAAGCAAGGAAUGAGUGUAGAAAAAUAAUGUAAAUUAUGAUGAGUUACUUAGUCCUACUCCCAAAGAUAAAUAUUACAUUCAAAACAGAGAAAAUACAAAUUAUGGAAUCAGUGUAUUAUAUUGUUUGAUCUGUAGUUCCAACUGAAUUUGCACCUCUGUUAGAUUUCACCACAUUUGUUUCUUAUGUCUUUCUGUAGUAUUUUAAGACAGAAAGUGCUCUUCAGAAUUCAAAGAUGUUGCCAGUAUGUUUAAAGAAUACACUUCUUUGUCUUUCCAUGAUUUUUAUUUAUAUUUACUUUUACUUACUUCUGUUUUGUAACUGUUAAAGUAUUCUAUGCACUAACCAUUACAAUACGCGUGACACAAACUAACAGAGAGCGAUAUUGUGUUCAUACCUUUUAUUAUUAUUACUCUGAUGGUACAUCGUUUCCAUGCUGCAGGUUAAGAAAAAUUUUUCAAAGAAUUAACAAUACAAUGAAGUCUGUUUAAGUUAUUAAGUUAGUUGAAAUAUCUUUACUGUGCAUCAUGUUCUUAUGUAAUUAAAGAGAUGUUCAUAAAAAUAUUCUCACUGCAUUAUUCUUUGUUCAUAAUCAUCAUAAGAGAUGAAAAGCGUUUUUGUUUGUGUACUGGAAUAUUAAAAAAUUUAAAACAGGAAGUCAGCCUGAAAGCUUGGGCAGAGAAUUUGAUACCUGGAUGCAUAAAAUUUGAGAAAUGUAGAAGAGAUCUGUUUAAAUUUAAUUUUGAAUUACCCUCUACCUCAUUGAAAAAUGUAAUUGCAUUUUGUCUUAUUCAGUAUGAGGAUCAUUUUGUGACUUUGUCCAUUACUGAAUGUUUGAGUCCUGUGUCUGUAUUGUUAAUAGAAAUAUUUAUUUUCCUCAUUCCAUUGUGAUAUGUGUUAAUGGUAUGUUUAUUUAGGUAUUGUUACAAAUGCUGUGUUUGAAGCACUUCAGUUAUUGUUAAACUGAAACCUGAGGCUUGUGCACAUUAAAUUUCACAUUGAAAUGAACCACAUUACUGUUCUUUUUUUAUUUUUGUUGCCUUUUAUGUCAGGGAACCUCUUGCAGCUUUUAUAUACAUAUAUGUACAUUUUACAAUGACCAAAGUUUUUAUAAUGUUCCAUAUUUCUACACUAACAUUUUUAAAUUCAAGGCUGAAAGAAAAAUUGCUGAUCUAAGAGCACUUCAGUGUAAAAAGUCUUUCAGACAAACUGUUUCUUAAUAUAUGAUAAAGAAUUGUGCAAUAUUUUAUACUAUAAACCUUUGACCAGAAUUCUCAGAAGUGCAUCCAAUUUUCCUCAUUUCAAAGAGUUGUGUGAUUUCUGUAAAAUCUGUACAGGGAAGCCUUAAAGUUACCUGCUUCUUUUCUACAAUGUAUGUGGAAUAAAAAAUACUUCCGCCUAUCAGUUUUCACUGUAGCCAUAACCAGUAACUGUUACAAAGCAAUUUAAAUUUCCUUAUGGCAUACAGCAAUGAAAUAUCUGUCAUCUUAAAGUCUGCACCGAUCAAUUUUUAUUUUUUUAUAUUACUGUUGUGGCUUUGGAGAUUAUACCGUACUAAUUGUAAAUAUGCCAUAGCUGAAUGAGAGUUUAAAAAACCCUAUGAACUCUCUCUUUCUGCCUAGUGGUAGCAACGCACAAUCUUUACUUGUUUCUCGUAAAUAGAAAUGGUUCAUUGUAUUUUUUAUAGUUUGAGUCAAUCCCUAAAUGGAAAAACUUGAAAUUGGCAUUUCCUGUGAUGCAAUUAUUCUUGAGAUAUGUCUCUGAAAUACUUUUCACUUUGUAAUGGAUUAGGUUGCAUGCCACUUUUACUAUAGUGUAUCCUAUCCGUAAGUCUUUAAAAAUUAGUUGUAUUGAAUUGUAUAUUUAAAGUAUGUUUUCACUGCUGUAUGUUCUUACAUUGAAAUACAGAGAUGCCAGGAGUGUUUUGACUCCCCCUUUCUUUUGUUUUGUGUUCUUCUAUACCAAUGUGAUCUAAGCAUGAUAUUCAAACCGCACUUAUAUGUAGUUCAUGUAUAAGACACAUCCUGGAAAAAGCGAGUUACACAUUAUUAAAAGUGAUCUCACACACUGAGUGAUACAUGUAUAUAGAAACAUACAACUUUACAUGUAUGCUUGACUCUUUUGUAAAGUUUUACCACUUUAUGGUAAAUUUUUAAAAAAAGACAUUCGUCUAGAAUUGGAAUGCCAAAGGGGAAUUGAAAUGUAUUGUUUCUUAAAGAUAAUGUAUCAUAAAUUCAUCACUUCAUGUGGAACAUAUGUACAGUUUUUGUAAUGUUUUGUACAUGUGUGAGGGUAUGUAGCAUUGCUACAGAUAAAUAAAUGCAAUGUUUUAUUGUAUAA